AUGCAAACCAUUAGCAAUCUGGGGUGGAACACAACAGAUGAUUCACUCCGUACCGCGUUCGCCGAGUAUGGCCAGGUUUUAGAUUCGAUUGUUAUGCGCGAUCGCGACACGGGGCGCUCAAGAGGAUUUGGCUUUGUUACAUACAGCAAUGGGCAGGAAGCUGAGCAAGCAAUCAAUGCGCUGCACGAGCAAGAACUCGAUGGGCGUCGAAUCAAAGUAAAUCUUGCCAAUGCUCGUCCUAGUGGUGGUGGCGGAGGAGGCGGUGGUUAUUCAGGCGGUGGUGGAGGUUACUCGGGUGGUUAUUAG